GCUAGCCUUUGCCUAGCUCACACAGCCUCUCAUACAUACCACCAACCACAACAAUUAACCUGCCUGCUGGGGCGCCGGAGGAGAUGGAGGCGGCGAUCGGUGCGGCGAACGGACUCAUUGGCAGCGUGCUGAACCACCUGUCCAAUGAGUUCGUGGAGGCCUAUGUUGCCAGCUCCCAGCUCGGCCUCAACUCUGACAAGAUCAAGGAGGAUCUCUUGCUCGCGCAAGGGCUGCUGCAAGUGGCUCAGAACAGGGUACUGAGCGACAACCUCGCUCUUCAGGGGUUACUGCGGAGGCUCGCCGUCAAGGCCGACGAGGCCGAGGAUGCGCUGGAUGAGCUGCACUACUUCAGCAUCCGUGACCACCUCGACGGCACCCACGACGCAGUGCCUGACCUGGGUGAUGACAUCCUGAGUCGUGCUCGCCAUGGUUGCAAUGCUCUUCGCUACACUGUCGGUAACUGCCUUGCAUGCUUUUCUUGUUCACGCAUCAAAGAUGGUGAUGAUGGUGUUGCUGCUGAUGUCGUUCCUGAUAACCCACCUAAUGCCACUGUAAACCUUGGUAGUGGUGAUAAUGAUGGUCCAGUUGAUAAGUUGCCAUUUGAUAGAGUUGCCAUGUCCAAAAAAAUCAAGUCAGUGAUAGAGGAAAUACAUUCCCUGUGUGACAGUGUCUCCAAGUUGCUCCCCAUGAUUCCACACCAUAGCACCACCACAAGAGUCACCCCAAGUCAUCGUGUCACAGGAUCAACCAUUACACAACCAACAUUGCAUGGGAGGAGAGACCUUUUCGAUAAAACCAUAGAUGACAUCCUCACUACUGCCACAGAUCACCCGGAAACCCUUCCUGUUCUUCCUAUAGUUGGUCCAGGGGUUAUUGGAAAGACAACCUUCACCCAACACCUUUAUAAUGAUAAAAGGAUAGAAGAGCACUUUGCUGUUAGGGCUUGGGUAUGUGUAUCAACUGAGUUUGAUGUGGUUAAGCUCAGCCAACAGAUCCUUAGCUCCAUACAAAGAAGCAACACUUCAAAUCAAAUAGACAAUUUAGAUGAGCUCCAAAUAUCCAUCACACAGGAACUCAAGUCCAAAAGUUUUUUAAUCGUGUUUGAUGAUAUAUGGAAAUGCAAUAGUGUGGGGUGGAAAACCCUCUUGGCUCCAUUCAGGAUGGGGGAAGCCAAGGGUAGCAAGGUUCUUGUCACAACUCGAUUUCCAUCUAUAGCUGAAAUGGUGAAAACCACCAACCAAAUAGCAUUGCAAGGUCUGGAGUUUGAUGAGUUCUUCACAUUCUUUUCAUUAAUAUUUGGGGGUAACAAACCUGAGUAUUGCCAAGAGGACUUAGAUGAUCUUGCAACUAAUAUUGCAAAGAAGUUGAAGGGUUCACCUCUCGCAGCCAUAACAGUUGGUCGGUUGCUGAGCCAGGACUUUUCUCGGGGACAUUGGAUGGGAGUUCUAGAAAACAACGGGUGGCAAAAACAAAAAAAUGAUGAUGACAUUAUGCCAUCCUUAAGGAUUAGCUAUGAUUACCUUCCUUUUUAUCUAAAAAAAUGCUUUUCAUAUUUUUCCUUGUUCCCUGAAGAUUUUGAAUUUAACAACUUAGAUAUGACGUAUUUUUGGAUUGCACUGGGAAUCAUAGAAAAAGAUGAGAAUUAUAUAGAAGAAUUAGUAGAGAAUGGCUUCCUUGUGAAGGUUGUUGAUGAUGAUGAGCAACCAUACUAUGUAAUGCAUGAUUUAUUACAUGAGUUGUCUCUAAGUGUUUCGUCGCAAGAGUGCCUCAACAUAUGUAGGUCAAAUUUUAGAGUUGAUGACAUCCCACAAACUGUUCGACACAUAUCUUUCACAAUGGAAGAUGGAUUUGAUGGGGGUGUUAGGGAAGAAAUGAUUAAAUUGAGGAGCAAGAUAGACAUUCGCAAUUUGCGAGCUUUGUUGAUCUUUAGAUAUUAUGAAGAAACAAUUGAUGGAUUUUUGAAAGAUAUUUUUAAGGAAAUAGAGGGUCUUCGUGUCCUAUAUAUAGUAGCGAAAUCCCAAAAAUCCUUGCCACUCAACUUUUCAAAACUUAUCCACCUCCGAUACUUAAAAAUUGAUAUGAGACCAGAUGAGUACGAUGAAAUGACUUUUCCUAGUACAAUAUCCACAUUUUAUCACUUGAAAUUCUUAGACUUUACAUGCUUUCCUAUAUAUAACUUACCAAAUGACAUUAGCCGCCUUAUCAAUUUAUGCCAUCUUUUUGUUGACAAAAAACUCCAUUCUAGUGUUCCUGGGAUCGGAAAGAUGAAAUGCUUGCAGGAGCUAAAAGAGUUCUGUGUUAAAAAAGAGAGUGCUGGAUUUGAACUGCGAGAGUUGGGUAAACUAACAGAGCUUCGAGGAGAACUAAGCAUACAUAAUCUUGAGAAGGUGGCAACUAGGGAAGAGGCUACAGAAGCCAAGCUUCUGUGUAAAAGAGAUUUGAAAGCGUUGAGGUUAGUUUGGGGUACAGACCACCAACAUAGCACAGAAUCUGAUGUUCUUGAUGCUCUUGAGCCACACCAUAAUCUUGGAGCACUUGUGAUUGAAAAUCAUGGUGGUACAAGUGGUCCUAGCUGGUUGUGUGGUGACAUUAGCAUCAAAAUGUUGGGGUCUCUCCACCUGGAGGGUGUGUCUUGGGGCACCCUUCCACCUUUUGGGCAGCUAUUGCAUCUCACAUCACUCACAUUGAUCAGGAUAUCUGUACUUCGUGAGAUCAGACCUGGCUUUGGUGGUGUCUCGGACAAAAGCUUUAUGCGUUUGAAGCAGAUUGUUCUUGAUAGAUUACCUGAAUUUAUCAAGUGGGUUGGGGGAGCAAAUAGCCAUUGUUUUUCAAGGCUUGAAUACAUCAGUUGCAAACAUUGUCCCAAUCUCUGCGCGGUGCCCUUCCUGGAGUGCUCUGUCUCCUAUACCAAUCUUUGGUAUUUUUCCAUUGAUGAUUGCCCAAAGUUGUCUCUGCCCCCCAUGCCUCACAUCUCCACGCUGAGAUAUUCACUACCAGAAAAAUUGG